CCGAAGGCGGGGUCGGCGCUGCCCGCGCGCGGAGGCCGCGCCCCUCCUGCCCUUGGUUUCCUCGCUGUCAAACAGCCGCAGGAGCACCAACCCGGGCCGAGCUGGCACUGCCUGGAGAGGGGACCAUUCCGAGACUGCACCGCGCGAUUGAAGGCUCCUGGAAUACUUAGCAGCCUGAGGAUCCGAUUCAGCUUCGUGCCACAAGACGCCUUCAUUUUUGCACUACACUGGGACCUUCACCAAAUUUUUCAGUUGCAAAGCUGUUGACAGCCAAUUUUGCAUCGCGUCCUAGGCUCCUUGCACUCUGAAUUUGCCCUACUCAGGGAGUGUGCUCAAAGUUGAAAUUGCACAAAGGACAGCUCAAGUUUGCAUCAGACGGAAAGUGAACUUAGGCCAGAUGUGCAUGGCCCAGGGAGUGGGAAAGGUGAUGGAUUCCUAAAGUGGAAGAGGUGGUGUGGAGGGGGCACCGCCCAUGCUGCCUUGCUUCCAGCUGCUGCGCAUAGGGGGCGGCAAGGGUGGCGAUCUCUACACCUUCCACCCCCCAAGUGGGGCUGGCUGCACCUACCGCUUGGGCUGCAGGGCCGACCUCUGUGAUGUGGCCCUGCGGCCCCAGCAGGAGCCCGGCUUCAUCUCUGGAGUCCAUGCGGAGCUGCACGCUGAACGCCGGGGUGACGACUGGAGGGUCAGCCUGGAGAACCAUAGCAGCCAAGGGACUUUGGUCAAUAAUGUCCGACUCCCAAGGGGUCACAGGCUGGAGUUGAGUGAUGGUGACCUUCUGACCUUUGGCCCUGAAGGGCCCCCAGAAACCAGCCCCUCAGAGUUCUACUUGUUUCAGCAAGUCCGAGUCAAACCUCAAGAUUUUGCUGCCAUUACUACCCCACGGUCUAGGGGAGAAGAGGGAACCGGGGUUGGUUUCCGGCCCAUGCUGCCCUCCCAGGGGGCUCCACAGCGCCCCCUCAGCACCCUCUCCCCUGCCCCCAAAGCCACGCUGAUCCUCAACUCCAUUGGCAGCCUCAGCAAGCUCCACUCCCAGCCCCUCACCUUCUCACGGAGUGGGGGUAGGCCACAGAGCCUGCCUGUUCCCACUCCAGCUGGGGAAGUGGGGACCACCCCUUCUGUCCCACCCCCAAGAAACCGGAGGAAAUCAGCUCACCGCGUGUUGGCAGAACUGGAUGAUGAGAGAGAGGCUCCCAAGAGCCCCCCACCAGUCCUUUUGGAGCCCAGGAAGAAACUCCGUGUAGAGAAAACCCCACUGACACCCAGUGGAAAUCGACGUGGGCGUCCUCGGAAACACCCAGUGAGCAACCCCAGGGCUCCCCCUGCAGUUGGGGGCGGGGAGCACUGUGCAGCCCCUUGUUGCUGCCUACCCCAAGAAGAGACAGUAGCCUGGGUUCAGUGUGAUGGUUGUGACAUCUGGUUCCAUGUGGCCUGUGUUGGUUGCAGCAUCCAGGCUGCCAGGGAGGCUGACUUCCAGUGCCCAGGCUGUCGUGUAGGCAUCCAGACCUAAGGCCCACCACCAAAGCACCAGAGGACAGAGCUGGCACCUCCAGGACAUGGGUGGACACUGGGGUGCCAAUGGGUCCUAAGAGAUGCCCUCUUC